AUGCUAAAAAAUUUUCUACUGGUAAACAGUCCAACCAGCAGCACAGCAGAGCUGAGAGGCAUGUUUGGACUCAGGAGAUGGAUAGCGGGAAGUGCGUGGCGCGCAGCAGGAGCCGCCAGGCCGGCGAUGCCACGGGCCACGCCAGCGCUGCGGCCCGCAGCUGUCGCCCAGCGGCGCGCGCAGACGACGGCGGCCGGCGGCAACGCAGCGCGCGCUGCAGACACAGCCGCUGUGGACGAGGCCGACAAGCAGGCGGACGAGUGGCUGGCAGCGCUGGACGAGCUGGAGGCGGAGUUCAGCGCGACCGAGUACCAGCCGGAGGUGUCGCUAGCCGGCGAGGGCCAGAAGCUGGACCUGCUGGAGGAGGCGGCGCGCGCGCGGCGCGCGUUCCAGCCGACGGCGGAGCAGCAGGCAGAGUGGGAGCGGCUGCAGCAGGUGCCGCUGCCGCCGCGGCGCGACGAGGUUAUUGAGCACGUGACCAACAUGCUGAUGCGCCACGGCAAGAAGGAAAAGGCGCGCAAGCAGCUGGCGCGGGCGCUGUACGUGGUGUUCUGCGCGACCCGGCAGGACCCCGUGGUGCAGCUCCGGCGCGCGCUGGACGAGCUGGCGCCGCUGAUGGUCGUCAAGACGUUCAAGACGGGCGUGGCGAAGGCUGCGGUCAUCCCCGUACCGCUGAACCAGCGCCAGCGCCAACGCCUCGCGUGGCGCUGGAUCGUGGAAGGCUCCGAGAAGCGCUCCUCCUCGGACUUCGCCGUGCGCCUGGGCGAGGAGCUCGUCGCCGUGCUCAGCGGCCGCGGCAGCGGCCUCAGCAAGCGCGAUGCCAUGCACAAGACCGCCAUCGCACACCGCGCAUACAUCAAGCUCAAGUGA